AUGAGGCCUGAGAACCAGAGCUGCGUGUCUGAGUUCCUCCUCCUGGGGCUCCCCAUCCCACCAGACCAGCAGGCUGUGUUCUUCAUUCUGUUCCUGGUCCUGUACCUGACCACGGUGCUGGGGAACCUGCUCAUCAUCCUGCUCAUCAGGCUGGACUCCCGCCUCCACACCCCCAUGUACUUCUUCCUCAGCCACUUGGCCUUCACUGAUGUCUCUUUCUCAUCUGUCACUGUCCCAAAGAUGUUGAUGGACAUGCAGACUAAUCUUAAAUCCAUCUCUUUUGCAGGGUGCAUUUCCCAGAUGUAUUUUUUCAUAUUUUUUACUGACUUGGAUAGCUUCCUUAUUACAUCAAUGGCCUAUGACCGGUAUGUUGCCAUAUGCCACCCUCUCCACUACACCACCCUCAUGAGGGAAGAGCUCUGUAUCUUAUUAGUGGCUAUCUCCUGGAUCCUGUCCUGUGCUAGCUCCCUGUGUCACACCCUUUUCCUGUCCCAGCUGUCUUUCUGUGCUACUAACACCGUUCCCCAUUUCUUCUGUGACCUUGCUGCCCUGCUCAAGCUUUCCCGCUCAGACAUCUUUCUCAAUGAGCUGGUCAUGUUUACAGUAGGAGUGGUGGUGAUUACUCUGCCAUUUAUAUGUAUUCUGGUAUCUUAUGGCUACAUUGGGUCCACCCUUCUCAGGGUCUCUUCAACGAGGGGGGUCUGCAAAGCAUUGUCCACAUGUGGCUCCCAUCUCUCUGUGGUUUCUCUGUACUAUGGGGCAAUAUUUGGACAGUACCUUUUCCCAACAACAAACAAUUCCAUCAACAAGGACAUCAUUGUAGCUAUCAUGUACACAGUGGUCACACCCAUGUUGAACCCCUUUAUCUACAGUCUUAGGAACCGGGACAUGAAAGAGGCCCUUCGAAAACUCUUCAGUAGAGCAACUUUUUUCUCAUGGUAA